AUGGCCACUACACUCUCAGAGGCAAAGCCUCGUUCAAUUACCAUCAAUGGGUUCCGUAUCUCGACACAAAAGCUGCCCAUUCUUAAAGCCGACCCGAUCGAGGAAAUGACCCAGAAGCUCGGCAUCGCACCCCCGGAGAUGAUUUUUGGUGAUAAUUACGUUGCGAUCGAGCACGAAAAGGGUUGGGGCCUUGAUUUUAAUGCAUUUGAUGCCCUGGAUUUGGUGGACAAGACAGGUCAAUCAAUGCUCCAGGUCGCGUACUCGAGAGAAUGGCAAAAGAGCAGGCACAAAACCCAUGAAGGGAUUAAAGAGGUAGUCAAGCCGUUCGACUGGUCAUAUAGCACCGAUUAUAAGGGGACCCUCCAUCCUGAUGCGCCAUCGUUCGAACCCACGACGAAGCCCAUUCCAAUCGAAUUAUUGAAGCGCCCAGACCCUAUCCUGUUUUUCGAUGACGUUGUUCUUUAUGAGGACGAACUUGCGGACAACGGAAUUACAAUGUUGUCUUGCAAGAUUCGAGUCAUGCCCGGGAGACUUCUUCUACUGACGAGAUUUUUCAUGAGGCUUGACCAUGUUUUGAUCCGAAUCCGAGACACUCGAGUCUACGUUGACUUUGAAACCGGUGAAAUCAUUCGAGAAUAUCUCUCUAAAGAGUGUGAAUAUGAGAAUGUUCGACAGAUGCUAGCAGCAACCAGGGAUGACAUUCCGGCUUUCUUGAGAGAUCCCAACCGACUGUCCGAGAUUCUCCCAAUUGUAGACAAGCGUUGUGAGCGAGUGGUGGUAGAGGGUUCCAAACCCCUCUAG